AUGUCGAAAACUGCCCUUUUGAUUCUUGCUGAUGGCGCCGAAGAAAUGGAAGCUGUGAUUACGGCCGAUGUACUGAGAAGAGGUGGUAUUGAGGUGACUUUGGCUGGUUUAAAUGGACCUGGCAAAGUGACAUGCGCAAGAAAAACGGUGAUCAUUCCCGAUCGUGAUCUGAAAGAUGUACAGUCGACUACCUUUGAUGUGGUUAUUCUCCCUGGAGGACAACCCGGAAGCAAUACGCUAGCCGCCAGCCCAGUAGUUGGACAAAUACUGAAAGCUCACCAUAAAGCCGGCAAAUACGUGGCAGCCAUUUGUGCAGCUCCGAUUUCGUUGAAGUCGCAUGGAAUUCCAGCCGCAUUGGUGACGAGCCAUCCAUCUGUUCGUUCCCAGUUGGAAGAAGGAGGAUUCAAAUACAGCGAGGACCGUGUAGUGGUAUCUGACCUUGUGGUGACAAGCCGCGGUCCCGGUACAGCCUUCGAAUUUGGGUUGAAGCUCGUCGAAUUGUUGGUCGGUGCUGAAAAGUCCAAGAGUUUGAUCAGCCCGAUGCUACUGAAAGUUUAA